AUGACUGCUGUUGCAUCUCCACCUAGUGUGCAAUCGGGGUCACGUCUGGGAUGGUACAGUGCUGGUGACGGAGGACAAGGCUCCCUUUCGUCAGUGAACGCAGAAGACGUAUCACGGAUCUUCAUGCCUCGGAAACAGCUACAGCGAUCUAAUUCGUCCUCCUCAGUGGGCUCAAAUUCGUCAACCUCAACGGUCAUCUCAACAGAGGGCGCCCAAGACAUCAAUGCCGGACAGCCUGGCUCUGAAGAGAACCCCUGGUCUGCAAAGAAGAAGCCCAUCCGAAAUCCUUGGCCCAGUUCAAAGGCGGAGCCUGUUGCUGGCGUGACGAACGCACGAUCUCAGAUCGUCCCGGCUUUCUCAUCUGGGCCAACAGGUCCAUCGACGAUGACCGCCAUGCACCAGGCCCAAAAUGUUGUUCCCUCGCACCACGUACUACAGAAUCCCCAGCAGAAUGGGGUCCGACAAAUGAAUGGACAGUCUGCUGAACCACCCGCGAUCCUCGCGCUUACUCCUCUCAACAAUACCUUUGAGAAGAAACAAAUCAAUGUUCCCUUCUUCCCUGAGGUGCUGAGAAUUGGUCGCCAGACGAAUGCUAAAACCGUGCCCACUCCAGUGAAUGGAUUCUUCGAUUCCAAGGUGCUUUCUCGGCAGCACGCCGAGAUCUGGGCUGACAAAUCUGGUAAAAUUUGGAUUCGCGACGUGAAAUCGUCGAAUGGCACUUUCGUGAAUGGUCACCGGCUAUCACUCGAAAACCGCGAAUCCGAACCGCAUGAGCUGCGAGAGCACGACACGCUGGAACUGGGAAUUGAUAUUGUCAGCGAAGACCAGAAUACCAUUGUGCACCACAAAGUCUCCGCAAAAGUGGAGCAUGCAGGUCUCUACGGCGCAGCACCAAGUAUUCUUGACCUCAAUUUCGGGGACCUGGAUCCCGCAUCAGGAGGUGGCUUAUUGCCGUCACCUCUUAGCCAGCCUCUAUCACAUCUGCGAGGCCGCUCCGGAAGCAACGUAAGUAGUCGCAGUGUGCAAAGUAACGCGAGCAGUCACUUGAAUGUGAUGCACCAACAACGUCAGAUGAACUACUGGAGCUCCCCGAUUUCUGUGGAGCAAGUCGUCAAGAGAUUAAAUAGCGAAUUAAAGCAAGCUAAGCAGCAGUCCUCAGACCUGCGGCAGACAGAUGAAUUUCUGACAGCGAUAAUGAAGCCUGGCUACGCUGAAAAGCAGAAGGCCAACAAACCUUCACCUCUCGAGGGCAAUGGCGCACGUCCGCUCAAUGGUCGUCCCAAGAUGCCUCGAGUCGAUUCCUUCUCCAGAUUUUCAGAGCCACCCGCUCCCCCCCCGCAACAACCUCUUCCUGAGAAACCAGAUGCGCCAACCCGUAAUGGGCCCGAUGCUUUUUCGCCUUUGAAGCGUAGCGAUACCGAGAGGCCAAGGACAGGAGCUGUUAACUCACCUGUCUCGCGCGACUCCAGCCAGAUUUUGGCUCUGCUUGAAAGUCUUUCGAUGACCAAACGGGAAAUCGAGACACAGGGAUCUCGAAUCAAAGAGCUUGAGGAUCUCCUCCGUCAAGAGAAGGCCGCACGGGAGUCUGCCGAAGAGAAGGUGAAGCAGCUGGAAAUGGACACCCCGCCUGAGACUUCUGACUCUGCCGAUGGUCCAACAUCGGAAAUAAUACCUGCACAUCUGGAUUUCCAAUCUCAGGCCCGUCAGGAAGAAGACUUUGAGUCUACGAAACCUGCCAAAACCAACGGGGCAAUUCAGUUCACUGAUGGUUCGGCUGACGUGGACUCAAAGGUUGAAGAAUCUUCUACCGAGUCACAGCUGCAGGAGCGCCUCGAAUCUGUCAUGAAACAGAUGGACGAGAUGCACAAGCAGAUGGCUGCCCUCAAGGAUAGAGCAGAAGCCUCCGAAAAAGAUAAUAUCACCCUGCGCCAGUCACUUGCAGAGAUGAUUGAAACCAUUCGCAAGGAUCGCCAAGAGCGCGAAGAGAAGGACUUGGCCGCUCUCAAAGCUGCUCAAGAUCAAAAGAGCUUGAGCUUCACAGACAGCCCUUCGUCCCCUGAGACUGUUUCCAUCGACGAAUCUGUAUCUGAUAUUGAUACUUCGCCCACAGAAUCGGGUGAUUCAACCAUGCAAGCAAUCGCCCCCGCCCAAUCAAGAAAUGUCGUCACACUUGACAAAAGACGUCCAUACCUUGAAGCAGCGAGCCCGUAUGCAUCCAUGCUAGGGGUGGUUCUCCUUGGGGUAGGGUUGAUGGCUUACUUGAACGAAUGGCAGAAAGUGGAGAAGUAA